AUGCUCACCGUCCCGGUCCACAAGCUCAACAGCGUCACAGUUGAAGAUGUGUCACAUUUGCGCGGCCGACGGCUGCAAACGCGAAUGCAGGAGCAUAAGUUGGCCUUGCGAAGGUUGGACCCGAAGUCGGAAGUAGCAACCCAUGUCGCGCAAAUGGGACACACCUUCAACUUUGACGCUGUUGAGAUUGUGGGCUGGGGCGGUGAUCAUAUAUCAAGGCAAGUGCAAGAAACCUGGAUGUCCAUCGACUGCUCUGGCAACCGCCACAUCAAUUUGCCUCUGCCCUAUGUGACUUUACGAACCUUCUUAAAGGGGGACAGUCACGGCGCGGGACAAUCGGGGCCGUCAGUCAUCGCCGCGGCCGACGGAGGCGAUUCAGGUCACGGUGACAUGCGGGUUGGAUGCAGGCACACAGGCGGCAUUUGCGCGUCAUGCAUUGAACAAAGUGCGCCAUAGAAGGGGAGCUGGACGCAGGACUUCCCAGUCUCUAAAGACGGGUAAACAAAUCAACUAGACGAAACGUCGGACCCCCAAUAAACCCCUCGCGGUAGACGCCUCUUCUUCUUUUGACUGUCUCCUCCAACCCAGUACAUUCUUCUGUUAUUCAACGACGGAGAAUGCAACCUGGAUGAAACCCCCUGACGCUGGCAGCUGCUGGAAUGCGUUCUCUUCGAGGAAGUGCUGGUGACCAAAACGAUCUGCAACGCUGACGGUUGGAGUUAUCAACGCCUCACCUUCUCAAAAGUGAGGCUCCGGCUAUAACCUCACAAAAACCACUGUAUAUAAACUGUGGUAUCAACUGCGGAACGUUGUCCACUCCACCAUCUUGGUUGUCGGUCGCGCACGUCGUCAAUAUCAGGAGGUGCUUGACAAAAAUGUCCCCAAUUGGAAACAAUUGACAUCCUAGGCACCGCUUCUUUCCUUACAGAAGCCAUCAAAGCUGUGCAACGGAUUCCGAUCGGGAAAGCACCGAAAUCCAACACGAUCUGGGCAGCAGUCUACAAGACUGGAUACAUCGCGUUAUAAGUUAGCUUACAACGAUAUUCCGAAAGAUGUUGCGUAAAGAAAAAUUUGUCCACUCCGCCGUCUUGGCUGUUGUCGGUUGCGCAUGUCGUCAAUAUCAGUAGGGGUUUGACAUAAACGACAUAGAUGUCAACAGAUGUCAGACGUCAGCAGCGGCUGUGUGAGAGGCAUGUUGUCUUAAUGGAUAAGAAGGUCAAGGAACUCCAAAGGUACGUUGAAAGCAAUGAGGCGAAGUCUCAGCACCGAAUAUGGAAGGGGCAUAUCAUUGCUUUCGUUAAUAAACUGGGGGGACUGUGAACAAUUUCUCAAGCCUGAAUCAUGAAACGUCAAACCAAACGGACUCCAAAUUUUGGCGAUCGCCUGCGUAUGUGAAGAAAGUUAAGAAAGCUGUUAGCCGCCCUCCCUCGUCACAAGGGGUUGGAGUUGCACACAGACCGGACGCAACCAUCAGACUUCAGAUUAUGAGACCGAAAGUCCCUCUGCCACAACAAAAAAACGUCUGGAAUCGUUUAUCGGAUCUGGCGCAGUUGAGGACAGAGCAAAUACGUCAAAAAGACCGGAAAAAUGCUCCGAACGCGGCGGCUCCAACAAAAACGGCCUCCUCCUUCUGCAAACCUGCGCGGAACACUGUCUCCUCUAACCCAGCACAUUCUUCCCUUAUUCAACGAAGGAGGCUGCAACCUCGAUGCUCCAUCAACACCGCGGCGUUGGCAGAUGCUGGGUUGCGUUUUCCUCCCGGGAGGUGUUGGUGCUCAAUAUGAUCUGCGACGUCAACGACUGGAGGUAUCAUUGCCCCGCCAUCUCAAAAAAGUUCUUCGACUGUAACCUCGCAAAAAAUCACGGCAUGGACAUGGUGGUAUCAGGCGCGGAACAUUAUACAUUCCACCGCAUUGGUUGUCGUCCGUCGCACACGUCGUCACAAUCAGGAAUGGUUUGACGACAACGACACAAAUGUUUACAACCUACUCGUCUAGAAGGACAGACUGUCGUACCGAAGCAAGAGAUGGCCUUCUUCAGGUGUCACCGUCUUGUGCAGCAGCGGCUGUGUGAGAGGCAUGCUGCCUUAAUGGAUAAGAAGGUCGAGGAACCCCAAAGGAACGUUGACAGCAAUGAGGCAAAAUCGGCUCCGGAUACAGGACACCGCUUUUUUUCCUUCCAGAAGCCAUCAAAGCCGUGCAACGGAUUCCAAUCAGGAAAGCACCGGCGUCCUACACGAUCUGAGCUGUAGUCUCUAAGACUAGUUACAUCACGUGAUUAGUAAAUUUACGACGAUAAUCUGAAAGAAUAAAGGAAGAACAAAGAACACAAAGAACAAUUUACCAAGGAGCUCAGUGACGCGAGCGUCUCAGCGGCUAUCAGGAACACCAACGUCUACCCGAAAACCAGUGUUUCUUCAGAUGAUACCGCAGAAAAAUCGGCAUGAAUUUCCCUACCCGGUAACCUUAGGUAGCUUGUUAAGAAAUGUGGAACCAAAUCGGCACCACUUGAGAGCCUUUGACUAAAACAUCAGCCACAGUGAAUUGCAGAACUUUGACUGCCCGGAGCGAUUCCCGUACAUGAUGCCUCGGAUCGUUGACACGAUGAUUGCGCUCGCGUCACGUCCAAUGAGAUCGAUUGAGUGGCCUUCGCGAUGACCAAUGGAAUGAAGCAGGACUGAGUUCUACGUCAUCACUGCACCAGUCUUCACGUCAUCGACCACCACCACCACCACCACCACCACCACCACCACCACCACCACCACCACCACCACCACCACCACCACCACCAUCACCACCGCCCCCACCACCACCACCACCACCAACACGGUCGCCACAGGUGAUUACAGCCCUGACGCCACGACGGUUCAGCCGAUGCCAUUCAUAG